AUGGCGCGCUUCCAGCACUUAACGCACAAAAGUUACACGAUUCGCACUGGUUUUUCAAAGUCUGCGCGCUACAUUCACUACAGCAGGCUAAAGACGGAGCAGUCAGAUGCAGCAAAGUGCGAGCCAGUGGGUGAGGGUUGGCCAGCGAGGGGGCAGGUUGUAUUUGACAAUGUGACUGCGCGGUACAAUGUCGAUGGCAAGCGUGCGCUCAGCGGGAUGUCGUUCACUAUCAGGCCUGGGCAGCAUGUCAGUGUUGUUGGACGGACGGGGGCGGGCAAGACGAGCAUUGCCAUGGCGCUGUUUGGCUUGCUCAAGCCCAGUGAGGGCAGAAUCCUGAUCGAUGGCGUCGACAUUGGCACUGUUGACUUACACGCUCUGCGCAGCCGUCUGGGAGUCGUGCCGCAGACAUCGGUUCUGUUGACUGGCACUGUGCGCGACAACCUGGAUCCGUUCAGAAAGCACGCUGACUCAGAGAUCCAACGCUGUCUGAUAGCAGUCGGCAUGUCGGACGUUGCUCUUGACAGUCCCGUGCUUCCGAACGGCAGCGGAUGGAGCGUUGGUCAACAGCAGCAGAUAUGCCUGGCACGGGCACUACUGAAGCGCCCAAAGGUCCUUGUGCUGGAUGAGUCCACCGCAGCCAUUGAUAGUGGGACCAGCAAUCUCCUACACCAGCUGAUCCGCGACGAGUUUGCUGGCUGCACUGUCAUCUCGAUUGCACACCGGGUGGAGAAUGCGCUGGGCAGCGACAUGGUCCUGGUGGUCGAGGAUGGCAAGAUCUGUGAGUCCGGAACCCCAGACAACCUGCGCCAUGACCCAGAGAGCCAUUUUGCGCAGCUAGUGAAGCAAUCAGUAGAGAAGGCUGAUCCAUCAAAUACUUGCUGA